AUGGCACAGAGGAGCUCGCCACUGGGCCUGGCAGGUCGUCCUCUGGCAGGCUCAGCCCUGCGAUGCGCGCUGUGGGCGCCCGUGCCCAGGUGUCGCUCUUGCCGAGCAGCGUCGACAGGGCCUCCUGUGAAGGAGGGCGAGGUUCUGGAAAUGCGAAUGGAGACGCUGACCAGCUCGGGGCAGGCUCUCGGGCGGAUUGGUCCGACGCGAUGGGUGGUCAUGAUAUUUGGCGCACUGCCACGCGAGCUUGUUCAGCUGCGGAUUGUGCGGAACUACCGCAGCCGUUCGGAGGCUCGGCUGUGCCGCAUCCUGGAAGCCUCCCCCGAGCGAGCAGCGCCUAGGUGCCCUCUCUUCACGCAGUGCAGCGGCUGCCAGUAUCAGCCCUGUCGCGAAUUGCUGGCAUUGCUGCACAUGUGGCUCCCACAGUGCCAUCGCCGCUGCAGUACCACUACCGCACGAAACUCACCCCGCAUGAGCAGGAGCCUCCACCAGGGCGCCAGCGAAGGGCGCGGAGUGGCGAGGACGAUAUAG